AUGGUCCUUGCAAUACAGGCAGAUCACCACCUCGGAUGGUUUCCUCGGUCUAUUGACGAGAGGCACAGUCUGAAACUCUCUCAGAUCUUCUCACCAGAUUUGGUGGACGCAUUGCAGGCACACGCGGCAAAUGAGGUGUAUGGUUUGCAGGCGAACAUUGGUAUACCAUCAUCCCAAUUCGACAUUCGCGCCUACUUUGGCGGCAAGAACAGGCCAGAGUACCUUUUGGCUUACAAGAUCUACAUUAAGGACAGCGAGUCUAUGACUGCGGUACGGAAGGUGCAGAAAGAAUUUAUGGGGGAGCUGAGUAAUUGGGUCCAUACUAGCAAUACGUUCAUCGCAUUUGGUAAAGAGGGGUUGGUCCUGGAUGUAGGAAGUGAUAUCAAGUUUGACCUCAAUCGCUAG